UUUUCCUAUCAGACAACCGCUCUACUCGAAGUAAAUAUGUCUCAUCAAACUGGAAUUCAAGCUUCUAAGGAGGUGAAAGACACAUUUGCCUGUGCCAGGAAUGGAGAUUACAGACUCGUGAAAAUUGGGAUCAGUGAUGAACAGUUAGUAAUGAGUGACACCAAGAAGGCCUCUAAGAAUUGGGAGGAAGACUACAAUUCUCUCGUCCUGCCUCUUCUAGAAAAGGACCAUCCAUGCUACAUUUUAUAUAGGCUGGACUCCACCAACAGUCAAGGACAUGAGUGGGUGUUCAUUGCCUGGUCGCCAGACAGCUCUCCUGUGCGACACAAAAUGCUGUACGCUGCUACCAGGGCUACAGUGAAGAAGGAGUUUGGGGGCAGCCAUAUUAAAGAUGAAAUAUUUGGCACUGUAAAGGAUGAUGUUUCUCUUACUGGUUACAAGAAGUACCUCACUUCCCAGGCUGCCCCUCUACCACUUACCGCUGCUGAAGAGGAGCUCCGACAGAUAAAGCUCACUGAGGUGAAGACUGAUAUCGGCGUGGACACCAAACAGCAGACACUGCAAGGUGUGGCUUUCCCUCUGGACAGGGAAGCUAUGGCAGCGCUGGAGAAAUUCAGGGAUAAGAAGUUCAACUAUGUGCAGUUGAAAAUCGAUUUUGACAAGGAGCUCAUCAUGUUGUCGAAUACUGAGCUGACAGAACUUAGAGAUUUACCCAAGAGGAUUUCCAAAGAUGCUGCACGCUACCACUUCUUUCUCUACAAGCAUACACACGAAGGAGACCACCUGGAGUCUAUAGUGUUUAUCUACUCCAUGCCUGGCUACAACUGCAGUAUUAAAGAAAGGAUGCUUUAUUCCAGCUGUAAGAAUCCUCUCAUAGACAUGGUGGAGAACAAACUAAACAUGGAAAUAGAGAAAAAGCUAGAAAUCGAUAAUGGGGAUGAGCUGACACCUGACUUCCUGUAUGAGGAGGUUCAUCCCAAACAACAUGCACACAAACAGGCCUUCGCUAAACCUAAAGGUCCUGCCGGGAGAAGAGGGGAUCGCAGGAUCACUCGACAUCCUGGAAAUGGGGAGGAGGCUGAUGAUUAAAUGCACAUCUGGAAAAAUGGAACAUUUUAAACAGUGGAGGCCACGCCUGUUUGAUACAGCUAUUAUCUCUAUUAAAAAGGGUAUUCAGUUUAUUUUAAUUUAACACAAAGACAGCAGCUUCAUGGUGAACUAUGCAUCUAAUGGCACAUGUGGUUGAACUCCGUAGCCUAACUCAAAGUAAUUAAUUGAAAAGACUUAUGUAAAAAUCCAUUCUUAAUUCCAGUACAGCUUUAACAUAGGUGGUAUAUGUGUACUGAAUAAUACCUACAUGUUUAAAAUACGAGUUCCAAAAGUGAAAACACCAGCAUGAACACUGAUGUAGUAAUAAUUGUAGUAUAUGAAUUUGCAAGUAACACUGGUGGGUUGUACUACUCAACCACUGAUAUGAAAUGGAUUUACUGGUCAUUAAGUGCAGAUGGAGAUGCGAUAUUGGAAAUAUAUAUGGUUAACACUUUAGCAUGUACAUGUAAGCUCUGAAAUGUGAACAAGAACAAAAAGACCUCCACAGCCCACCCCCUUUAAAUUCCUUAAUUUCCAUUCCAACUUUAGUGUUACAUAUUUUUGUAUUUUUUUACACACAAACUAAGUUAUAAAUGUCUUGAUCAUAACAAACACAAAACACUGUAAGUUCACUCUUAAAUCUGCUUAGGCGCACACAUUUUAACAUAAGAGAUUAGCUUUUUAUAAUAAAUGUCCUGGUUUUGUAUGACUUGACUUGUCAUUAUCUCAUGUUCCCAUUUGCCAAGAAAUGUAUUUUCCUAUGCAAGCGAUGUACAUAUUAAUGCUGUUCUAAUAAUGUUGUCUUGUGUCUGUUGUCUGUAGCCAUGGCUCUGAAGUUGUACCUAGGAUAGAGGCCAUUAAUACUGAAAAGUCAUUUGAGCUCUAGAAUGCUUUUAUCUAAAUUUGAUUUUACAAAACAUUUUAAGUCAGCAGUUGUCAAUUUGCAGGCCAGGAAGCAUGGAAUCACAGCCUAAACUUUUAUAUGUACGAUCUGUGAGGCCGGCUACCUUCCCUAAUGAAAUUUGACAUCUGGAGAAAGUCUUUGCAAAAGCUACCCAUUAACUGACUAGACAUGAUUAUCACUGUAGCAGUUUAAUCCAAAUCUAAAUCUUUAGAAAUAGCCUUACCAUGAGAUUCAGUUCUCUCUCAGCUCUCAGAGGAUGCACUAAAGUGCUUAUCCAUUCUUUCUUCAGAGUAACAGCACAGUGCUAAGCACCAGUGCAACCUAGGUUUCAUAUUUUUUUGAACAUGUCAUUUUUAGCAUCAAAUUAUUCCAAAGCAUCAUCCUAUAAGAGAUCAGCAGAGAUAUACUUCAUCUUUCUUUACAGACAAAACUGAAAACAAUUGGCUUCACAGGCUUUAUGAAUAAUUCUAAAAUAAGUAUUAUAUAACUGAAUACAAGUAUAGUUUUAUAACAUGAGUCUAUUAAGGAUUCCUGCAAGUUUCUUAUCACUGAUAAUCUGCCACAGCUACUACUGCUCCUCCACACUGUAGCACAAGGUGUCUAAAUAAUGAGUGUUACAUAGUAAAAAGUCACUAUUAGGCACCUGUAUCUACUGAAAAUUUGAGGAAAACCACUGUUGAGCAUCUGCAUGAGCCAAUAGCUUUCCAAUGUAAGUGGAAUAAUAUUGUGUGUUAUGUCCCAUAAUUGCUGGUUUUGACACCUUUUUUCCUGUAAGAUGUUUUUUUUUUUAAAUAAAAAAAUAUCCAGAUCAUGA